GUGGACCUGUUGGCGAUAGUUUCCAGAGCCGUGGGAGUAAUCUUCAGCCAUUUUACCAUAUAUUCCAUUUUGUCAUUUGGACAUUUCGUCAAAUCAAAUUAAGAAACUAGUCUACAGAGUGUAUAGGGUAAUCGGGAAAUAGCCGCUGGAAUAAGGGAACAUGAGUAGGACUGUGCGAAAGAAGAAUAAAAACAUGAAAGAUCCUGAAGAUGGGGAUAUUGUAGAAAAAUACAGUGAUAACAACGAAGAACUGUCGGACGGAAAAGAACGAUGGUCUUGCCCAGCCUGUUGUAAACAGGGACGAGUUACCCGAAGCGGAUCCACAUGCGGUGCUCGUUCAGAAACCACUGCUCCUUUACAACCAGAUCAGUCUACCCCUACCGACACUCUCACCCUUAUACUUAACCAAUUAUCAACUAUGGCAGUGACAUAA